AAUCAGCAUGUGAUGGGCAUAAGAUUAGAUCUCAACUCGUACCGAGGUCUGCCACUAGGUGCCAUUCUCCGCUCUCCUUGAACACCAUUGUUGGGUGUUGAAUGUGAAGCGAGGUUUUUUUUCUCCUCCUCCAAACCUGCGAUGAAGCCGUGUUCCAAUGAAAGCAGGUGGAAUUCCCCCUUUCAACCAAUGGCGCUCUGCCCUCGCAACAAUCCUUUCGAAAAGGAUGUGUGGGCUCGGUUAUGGCGCUGGCGUGAAGUUGUUGGAAACGGACAAGCCCAGGAAGCAGGAUUUUGGCACUACUACACCAGCUAAAGCUUAGGGCUGCCCGCUUGAAUGGGAACAAGUGAGCGGACCGUUCAUAUUCGCUCAAACGUACACCUUGGAAGCCACUUCGGCGACGCCGGAUUGAAAAUAGUGAUUUCAACAAAAGUUGCUCUGUCAAAAGCGAGCACGCAUGAGAAAUAAGAGUAACCUCGGGCUUAAAAAAAGGCAUGGACCGCAGGAGUUAGACUGAGUUCCGACUCCCCUCGAGCUGUUUGUGUUUUUAACUGACGAGAAAGACUAAAAACAAGCACCAUGCCUGCCAAAACAAAGUACAAUUUAGUCGAUGAUGGACACGAUUUGCGGAUUCCUUUACAUAACGAGGAAGCGUUCCAACAUGGGAUUAAUUUCGAAGCAAAGUAUAUCGGUAGUCUGGAUGUGGCUCGACCCAACAGCCGUGUGGAGAUUGUUGCGGCCAUGAGGCGCAUAAGGUAUGAAUUUAAAGUGAAGAAUAUCAAAAAGAAGAAAGUCAACAUAAUUGUGUCCGUGGACGGGGUAAAAGUAGCGCUGCGGAAAAAGAAAAAGAAAAAAGAAUGGACCUGGGAUGAAAGCAAGAUGAUGGUGAUGCAAGACCCAAUAUACAGGAUAUUCUACGUAUCGCACGACUCUCAAGAUCUGAAGAUCUUCAGUUACAUAGCAAGAGAUGGACAGAGCAACGUGUUUCGAUGUAACGUCUUCAAAUCAAAGAAAAAGAGCCAAGCCAUGCGGAUAGUGCGGACAGUGGGUCAGGCUUUUGAGGUCUGUCAUAAACUUAGCCUGCAGCACACCCAGCAAAACGCAGAUGGCCAGGAAGACGGCGAAGCUGACAAGACGUGCACAGAUUCUGGAGUAACAGGGCGGGAGCUCACAGGGGCCGAAAAGCCGGCUGCGGAUGAGACAGACAUUGAUGCAGAGGAGCUUCCCCUCCCCGACAGCACAAUGGACGAGUUCAGUCGUGGAGUCACUGACCUGGAUGCGGCCAAGAAAGAGGAAGAUGUCACCAAGGACAAAAAGCCCUCCGAAGAGCCCAACAUCCUGCUGGCUUCCCCCAAGUUGCUGCUUCCUUCAGGCAGUCAGCUGCCAGCCAGCACUCCCCUGUCUGUGCACCACCAGCUCCAGCUGCUCCAGCAGCAGCUCACCCAACAGCAGCAGCAGACACAGGUGGCCGUGGCCCAGGUUCAUCUGCUGAAGGAUCAGCUCUCUGCGGAAGCUGCGGCGAGGAUCGAGGCCCAGGCUCGAGUUCACCAGCUGCUGCUGCAGAAUAAGGACCUACUACAGCAUAUUUCUCUCCUGGUCAAACAGGUUCAGGAGCUGGAGUUCAAGCUGGCUGGGAAUGGCUCUAUGGGAUCCCAAGACAGUCUCCUGGAAAUCACCUUCCGUGCCAAUGUGCCCCCAGUCCUAUGUGACCCCACCACCCCCAGACCAGAGGACGCCAUUCUUCCUCCACUCAAUGAUGGGACACAGCUAUCCCUGCCUCUGGGCAGUCCUAUAGGUAGGGACCAGUGCUUGAUCAAGUUUGAGUGUUUCCGCUUUCUUCCGGGACCACCCCAACAGGAGGAAAGUCCUGACACGCCAUCCCAAGGCAUCUCGCCUUCAUCACGGGACGAGCUUCUGGGUAGCCUCGAGCUGCUAAAAUUCCGUGAGUCAGGUAUCGCAUCAGAGUACGAGUCCAACACAGAUGAGAGUGAUGAAAGCUGGGGACAGCAAGACGAGAGCACUCUUCGUCUGCUCAAUGUGCUCAACAAACAUGGCCCCUCUGACUGCUUGGAGGACGAAAUUGCUGUUUAAUGUGAUUUUUGCGCACUGCUUGAUGCUUUGCUUAGAAGGUUCAAGUCAAUCAAUGUCAAUAUUGUCAAAACAUCUACUGCUGUUUGUACUACAGAUGGAGAGACCGGGAGACCAAGGUGACAUUAACGAUGGCCGUAUCGUUUGUCACAUUUUAUGUCAUAUAUUGAAAAUCAAAGAGUCCCAAGGCAUAGUAAAUGCUCUUGUCUUCAUUUUAAAGUUUAGGGACACUCAUCAGAUGCCAGAAUCUUGUAUCUCUACUUGAACGUUCACACACUCAGCAAUGGAGGUCGCCAAGUGGAUAUAUUCUUGGUCAUAAUGACCAUCCCUACUUCCAAGCACUCCACACACACACACACACACACACACACACACACUAUAUUGCCAAAAGUAUUGGAUUACUUUUCUAGUAACACUUUACAAGUUCAGUUUGUUAACAUUAAUUAAGUGUCAUGAAUUGACAGAAUUAUUUUCAUUUCAUUUUCAAAUUAUUUAGUAAAAAUAAAUCAUACAAAUCGUAUGUAUGGCUGGAUGGAUAGAUUAAACUUAUAGUGUAGUGGUAUAUACACUAUAAGUACAGUAUAUCUUAUAUACCAUUAGAUAUUUUGUUUAUACUGUAUAUAAUUAAACACAUAAAUUAUGAAUAUUGAAUAAAAAUAACAAUUAUUUACAAAUAUAGUAAUGUUUUGUUGUAUUUAAAUAGUUUAACAUUGAAAUGUAAUUAUAAAUUAUAUUAGUAUGUUUACUAUAUAUAUUUAAAUAGUUUAUUUUUUAAUUGUUUUGAACUAAUUGAACAUUAUUGUAAAGUUAUAAUAUUUUACAUUCUUGCAUGUCGACAGCAACUGAUUUAAAAAAAAAAAAAAAAAAAAAAAAGAUAAACGUAGAAAAGUUAAAUCACAGUAGGAAGAUUAUUUGUUCACCAACAUCUUCCCUCCUAUUGGUAGCUGCCACAUAACUCAUUUGCAUAAUAUAAUAAUACAUCCCUGGACGCUCCCACUUUUUAUUAACUCCCGCUAUUGGCUUUGACGUCAGAAACCGCUGUAUGUGUUAACGCUCUUUUAGAGUCUACAAGCGAGUGCUGGUUAUUCUCAAACAAGUAAUUGUUUUUUAACUGCAAGAGAUACAUGUGAAACGUAGAACAAAUUUUAUAUAUCAACCUGUGAAAUUGUAUCUAUGACAUCAGUUGUACAGUUGCGGGUUUGCUUCUGGGCGGUAUUGGACAUGUUUGCUCUGAUUUGCUCAGCCAGUUAGAUCACCUUUCAUCUCAGAAAUGCUCAGAAUGAAGACAAUUACCCAGCUACAUCUGUUUUAGCAUGCACGACAGAACAGACUCUUAAUUGAAUGACUGUGGACUGAGGACGCUAAGCUAAUUAUACCCUAAGGGUAACGAGGCGUCUAAACCGGUCAGAUCUUUACCAACAGGAACCCCAAUUAGAGUGUCAGAGUUUUCACAACCCACAUCCUUUAUUCAUUAUUUUCAUAUUCAGAAAAGCUUGUCGUGUCUGACUGCUUCACAUAUUAACUUUUGUACACAUUUAGCUUUUCUGCGUUUAGUUUUUCUGUGCUUCUAAAAAGUGAUAUUUCGGUGUCUUACCUGUAUCUCUCUGAUAAACUGCUGACUCUUUAACUUCUCUGUUUAUAUUUUGCAGUUUUUCCCUCUCGCUCUCUCUGUUUCUCUCUGUGUGCCCAGUGUCAUUUAGAGGCAGACAAGUGCACACAAUUAGACUGGUAAUAAUAGAGUGGUAAGCGGUUCGUCCCACACAUUAAGGACAUCGAAAGCGCUUUCUGUUGUUGGUUUAGUCUUAAACGUCUGUAUUUUCAUUAAUUUAUGCACUGAUAUCUUUUUUUCUUUUCUUUCCACCAAGAAAACAGAAUUUACCGUCUUUAAAUCUCCUUCAGUCUUGUAACGCUCUUCCCACAGAUUCUUCACUGUGUCUGUAAUGAGGGCUCAUGAUCAGUCGUGUUGGUUCACAGCAGGUCUGGAGGCCAAGACCCAGCUGUGAGCUGUGAGCUGUGGUCUAAAUCCUCCACAGGAAAACGUGUCAUCGUCUGAACAAAAAAACCAAAAACAAAACAAAACUGUAUUUUCAUUUAUUUCUCCUCCUUCAAGGACACGGUAUAUUUGUAUUAGUGGUGUUUGCUAAGGCACAUGCAUCACUGCUGCUGUUGUGUAAAAUAAUUUUUGGAGCAAUAAAAGUGGGCUCUUUUAAUUGAAAAAAGCAAUUAGCAUAGAACCGCCCUAGCAACUGCGCAGCAAUGGCAUGGAAUCCAAUCAAAACACUCAAUUUAGCAGAGAGUUGCUUUUAUAUGAUAUUUAUGCCUGAGGAAGCACGGCUAAUUAUUAAAAAAUCAUCAUCAUUGAUCUUGUCCUUGAAUACUGGCCACUGUUAGUUUUUGAAAAAAAUAAAAAUUCAAUAAUUAUUCCACUGAAAACCUGCAGUAACCUACAAAGGGACAAUUCAUGGUUUAUUAUUCAUGACACCAAAGGCUGUUUUCGAAGUAUAUGACUCAUUUCAAAGCCAUUUUAAAUGAGUUGUGUCAUUUUUAAGAGCUUUGCGGUGACACAGCGUGACUGUGUUCAUUCAGUGUCAUUCUCGGUGAAUAUUUGGUGACGCGCAUCGAGUUGAAUUAGCAGGUCAAGGAGUUUUAUGAGCUAGUUUUUCAAAUUGCCUAUAUGAACUGCCUUUACUUUAGUAGCAAGUGCACACUGGUUGAGUUACACACGCAUCCAUCCAUCAUGAAUACAUCUGAUUGACUUUCCUAGUUAAACUGUGGUUCAGUCGUUCUGCGAUUCCAAGAAUUGCCGGCAUGCGAAUUGAACCACUUCAGACACCAUAUGCACACACAGCUGCUUCAAAAAAUAGAAAUAACCACUAAAACGUGUAGCGCUCACAAAACGAGCAAGUGCAGAGAACGCCAUCUGAAUCGCUGUGUAAUUUAGAGGAUGUUCUGGAGCGUCCCCGUCUCAUCUUUACUCGCUCAGGGAAACGAGCUGCUGUCGGAUUGAUCCUUCUCCCUGCGGCGUAAUUGAAAUUGCAUAACAAUAUCACAUCUCAUUUUAGUACAGCUGCUGCUUCUGAGAGAAGCUGUUGGAAACUCGGGUGCCUCUGAAUUAGAGGCUCAUGCCCGGGCCCACCUGCUCGCUCUGGAGGCUUUUGAGAACAUUCAUUCUUCUGAAGUUGCCAAGGUACUUUGACUCAAAGUGUUCAGCUCCAACAAUUGCAGAGACCAUAAACCUUUU